AUGUCUGAUGGCUGUGCUGCAGCUGCCGAAGGCCCUGGACUAGGUGCCGCAGUGAAAGAUGGGAAGCCACCGGACGAAACUGACAAUGCAAAUUAUUUUUGCGAGUAUGCCUACCUUUAUCAUCAGAUGGACAUGCUCGAGGAUGCCCAUCGCACAGGAUCUUAUUUCGAUGCCAUAACGCGGAAUCGAGAUAGCUUCAAGGACAAAGUUGUACUUGAUGUAGGUGCUGGAACUUGCAUACUGUCCAUCUUCGCAGCGAAAGCAGGGGCCAAGCAAGUCUUCGCUGUGGAGGCCACUGACAUGGCUGUCCGAAGUCGCAAAAUUGUUGAAGCGCAAGGUCUGAGCCACAUCAUUCAGGUUGUUCAGGGUACCAUCGAAACAGCGACGCUUCCAUGCAUGGUAGACGUGAUUAUUAGCGAAUGGAUGGGUUACUUCUUGCUCAGAGAGAGUAUGCUGGACAGCGUCUUGGUCGCCCGCGACCGCUUCCUCAAGCCAGGCAGAACACGUCUCGACCGGCUCGACCCAACGAGAAUUACUUGUGGAAGGGCUCACCCCGCAAGCCUUUCCAGCUGCACACUGGCACGCAGAGGUGGCGCCCUUUUCCCCUCGCACGCCACGCUUUUCCUGGCGCCGGUCGGUCCGUUCAAAGCUUGCCGUGAGAAGCAGCAAACCUUUGAUGGGGAGCGGCAGCACUUCGAGGACUUCAACGGCUCGAUGGUUCAGUGGUAUGGUACAGACUUUUCCUGCAUGCGUGAAGAGUUCCUUGCAGAGCAACGCAUGUAUUAUUUGCAGACUGGCAUGUUUGUCAACCUUUUGCCGAAACAGUUGGCUGGAACCGCAAGUCCUGUGCUCGAAAUGGAUUUACUCACAAUCACCGUGGAGGAUUUGAAGGCCGCUAGACCACUAUCAUGCACGAUGAGGGUUACCAAAGAUGGACACCUCGAUGGUUUCGCCGGGUACUUCGACGUCGCUUUCCGUGGUUCGCCACAGAACCCGGUGAAGCAGGAAGUGGUGCUGACAACAGCGCCUACAGCUUCCACGCAUACGCAUUGGGGGCAACAGCUCUUUGGUUUCUUUCCUGCGCUUCAAGUGAAUCGUGGAGACUCUCUGGAGUGCAAGCUGAUCAUCAACAGGCAAAAAAAGAACCAUCGGCUGCUGCAGUUGGAUGCAUGCUUUUCGGUUGUCGGACCAGGCGAUGCGCAGAUACGCGAAAAACGCGAGGACUCGUGGAACCUGGACUGA